AUGAUUCUUUUUUUACUGAAAAUUCCUUCACUUCUCCAGAAAACCAACCCAAUCCCCUCUUUUAAUUCUCAAUAUUUAUUCCUUUAUCAUUCAACUAGCCAUAAAGUAGAAAAAUUUGCUUCUCUAUUGGAGAAUUGUAAAGAUUUUGUUACUUUGAGCAAGCUCCAUGCUUGUAUUUUCACUAAUGGGAUUUGUCAAAGUACAUUUAUAAGCUCAAAGCUUCUAACUUGCUAUCAAAAGUUUGGAUCCUCACUUGAAUCAAGAUGGGUAUUUGAUGGAGUUAUCAAGAGCAAUAUCUUUCCUCGGAAUUCAGUUCUCGUUGGAUGUUUUAGAAGUGGUCAAUAUGGUGAAGUUCUUAGGCUGUAUUUGAAAUUGAAGCAAAAAAAGAUUGGUUUAGAUUGUUCAGCUAUUACUUUUACUUUGAAGAGUUGUGCUGAAUUGGGUAGUUUUGGAUUUGGAAAAGGAGUUCAUCUUGAUGUUUUAAAGUUUGGGUUAAGUAAAGAUGGAUUUGUGGGUUCUUCACUUAUAGGUUUGUAUUCAAAGAAUGGAGAUAUGGUUGGUGCUUCCAAAGUGUUCGAUGAAAUAACUGAAAGAGAUGUUGUUGUAUACACUUCGAUGAUAACUGGCUACGCACUAGUUGGCGGUCAUAUUACUUACAAGGCGUUUGAAUUUACUUGUCUCAUGCAGAAGGAGGGGAUCGAUCCUAACAGGGUGACAAUGGUGAGUUUGCUGCAGGCAGCAGCCGAGUUGGAAGCACUGGAAGAAGGCAGGUCGAUCCAUGGAUAUGCUAUUAGAAGAGGGAUUGGUUGUUCAGAUGAAGUAUUUGAGACAAGUCUCAUGGAUAUGUAUGUUAAAUGCAAGGUCCCAACAAUGGCGGCAUGCAUUUUUGGUAGAAUGAAGAUGAAGACCACUGUUUCUUGGAAUGCUAUGAUAACUGGGUAUCUUAAUAUGGGGCAGCCAUUGGAAGCAUUGGGACAUUUUUGUAAGAUGGUACAUGAAAAUGUUUUCCCAGAUUUGAUUGGCUUAGCCAAUGGGAUUUUGUUAUGUGCUGAUUUGAAGUAUUUGCAAGAAGGAAAGACUAUUCACGGUCGCAUUAUUCGGAUAGAUUACGAGCUUGAUCUCAUAGCUACCACUGCUUUGGUUGAUAUGUAUUCCAAGUGCAAUGAUUUUACCCGGGCUAGGAAAUUAUUCGAUGUAGUGGAGAAAAGAGAUGUGAUUUUAUACAAUGUCAUGAUGGCAGGUUAUCUCCAAAAUGGAUUUGCUACCGAAACCGUGGACCUUUUUAUUGAAAUGGUUGGUUCCGGUCUUAAACCAAACCUAGGUUCUAUCCUGAAUGUACUUUCAGCAUUGUCAGAGAUGAAGAACGUAAGAGGAGGAAGGAGUCUUCAUGGUUACAUUUUGAAACAUGAAUUUCGUAUGAAUACCGAAGUUGCCAAUCAAAUUGUCUACAUGUAUGCUAGAUGCGGUUGUAUCUAUGAUGCAAGGCAAGUAUUCAAUGGGAUACGAUAUAAGGACUUGAUUUCAUGGACGUCAAUGAUGAUGGGUUAUAUCUACCAUGCCAACCCCGAAGAAGCCAUCCUAUUGUUCCGAAUGAUGAAAAGAGAAAAACUCAACCAUGAUUCCGUCACUCUGAUAAGUUUACUCCAGGCAUUCUUGAAGCUUGGACAUCUAAGUCUAGCAAAGGAAGUUCACUGUCAUUCAUAUCGAACUCGACUAGAUCACGAAACACUAGUAAUAAACUCCCUGAUAACUACUUAUGCCAAGUUGGGAAAUCUAAAUAUGGCAAGAAAUUUAUUUGAGCACACCAAUAGAGGGUGUGUGACAUCAUGGAACACAAUGAUUGCAGCAUAUGGGAUGCAUGGAAACUGCAAAGAAGUUCUCCGGCUAUUUGACCGAAUGCGAAGCGAGAUGAUCAAACCUGAUGACAUGACCUUCUCAUCGAUACUUACUGCUUGCAGUCACUCUGGCAUGGUGGAAGAGGGUCUGCGAGUAUUUAACUGCAUGAGAGAAGACUACCGCAUAAUACCCUGUGAAGCACAUUACGGAUGCAUAAUAGAUUUAUUAAGCCGAGCAGGACGUUUCGAAGAAGCAUACGAAUUGCUUAAAUUACUUCCAGCUAGACAAAGUGCAUCAGCAAUGGCUGCCAUGUUGGCUGCUUGCAGAAUCCAUGGAAACACUGAACUGGGGGAGGUUAUUGGGCACUGGCUUUUAGGUUUAGAACCAGAAAGCCCAAGUGUAUAUAAUUUAGUGUCAAAUUUAUAUGCAGAAAGUGGAAAAUGGGAUGAAGCAGCCAGAACAAGGAACAUGGCAAAGAUGAGGGGUUUGAAGAAGGCUGCUGGAUAUAGUCAGAUAGAACUAAAUCCGAGAGCUUCGACGAUGUAA